UUGAAUAUAAUAGAAAACAAAAAUGGCGAUUUUCGGAAAAGCAAUGAUAUUUUGUGAUGUAUUAGCAUUAACUUUAAAAAGAUGUAAAUAUAUUAUUUCUAAUGGAUCAAUGCUUACAGCAAAACCUUUUUCUAUCUCUACACAAAAUCAUGAAAAUUAUGAUAUUAUUAUUACUGGAGGUGGUAUGGUUGGAUCUACAUUGGCAUGUGCAAUAGCAAAUAAUAGAAAACUUGAAUGUAAAAAGAUUCUCUUAUUAGAAAGUAAUAAACAACAUGAAUAUAAAUCACAAGAAAAAUAUUCCAAUCGUGUAGUUGCUUUAAAUAAACAAACACGUUGCUUACUUUCAAGUAUAGGAGCUUGGGAACAUAUUGAAGCAAAACGUUAUUCUACAGUACGAAAAAUGCAGGUUUGGGAUGCAUGUUCUGAUGCUAUGAUUGUAUUUAAUGAAGAUUAUUUGACUGAAGAAAUUGCUUAUAUAGUUGAAAAUGAUUUAUUAUUACAUGCUGUAAAUAAACAAUUGGCAGACAAAGAAAAUGUAAAUAUAAUUUAUAAUUCCAAAGUUGAAAAUAUUAAAUUACCUAAAACACAAGAAGAAAAUGCAGUAAUACAAUUACAAGAUGGAACGAAAUAUAAAAGUAAAUUAUUAAUAGGAGCAGAUGGUGUAAAUUCAUUGGUACGUAAAACAAUGAAUACACAAUAUGUGAAAUGGGAUUACAAUCAAAUGGGUAUAGUUGCUACUCUUAAAUUAUCAGAGCCUGGUGAAAAUAUUGUUGCAUGGCAAAGAUUUCUACCAAGUGGGCCAAUAGCAUUACUUCCAUUAACAAAUGACCUUAGUUCUCUUGUAUGGUCAUUGCCAAUAGAUGAAGCAAAAAGACUUUUAAAAGUUUCUGAAGAAGAAUUUGUUGACAAUAUAAACAAUGCUUUAUGGAAAGUUUAUCCAAAAGAUGGUAUAGUUGAAAGUGGUAUGAAAGCACUUCAACAAUUACUUGAAGGUUUGUCGUUACAAACUGGUGUAGUAAGACAAUUACAACCAUCAGUAUCUGCUAUUUCCGAAGGAUCUCGUGCAGCUUUUCCUUUACAAUUCGGUCAUUCUGUAUCUUAUGUUCAAACAGGAACUGUUUUAGUGGGAGAUGCAGCACAUAGAGUUCAUCCAUUAGCUGGUCAAGGUGUAAAUUUAGGAUUUGGAGAUAUAACAGUAUUAGUUCAACUUCUUGCAGAAGCUGUUAUAAGUGGAGUUCCAAUAGGAAACGUAAUGUAUUUGAGAAAAUAUGAAACAUUAAGACAGCGAUAUAAUGUUCCAAUAAUGUUUGCUAUUGAUGCAUUGCAUCGAUUAUAUAAUGGAACAGCAGCUCCUAUUGUCUUAGUUCGAAGUUUGGGACUACAAUUGACAAAUGCUAUCCCAGUGAUAAAGAAAGCCUUAAUAGAACAUGCAUCUGGACAAAUAGAAACUUAAUGAUGUUAACAUUUAAUGUAAAUAUUUAUUAGUAUAAUAUGUAAUCAAAUUUUGUAAUGGCAAUAAUGUGUAACAUAUCAAUAAAAGUAGAAAGUAUAAUCUAA